ACACAUUUUUUUUUUAAUUAAUUAAUAUUAUUAUUAUUAUUUUAGGGAGAAAUGUACGAGUAGUUUCUUUGCUCAUAACUAGCUAUUAAUUUUAGAUGGUAGGUACCAGUUAUUUUAGAUGGUAUAUAUGACUGGGGUGUAACGACAAUUGAAUCGAUCAAUUAUUAAUAUAAUUAUUAGAGUAAUUGUUAUGAUAUGAAGAAAUUAAACUGGUUUAAGCAAAUUUCAAAUAAUGGAAAGUUAGAGAGGAGGUUAUCAUUAGGGGAGUACAAAAGAGCGGUUUCAUGGUCUAAAUAUUUAGUAUCGUCUGGUGGAGAAAUUAAAGCAAAUGGUGGUAAUGAGCAAGAGGAAUUGGAAUGGAGUGCUGACAUGUCACAACUAUUUAUCGGGAAUAAAUUCGCAACGGGAAGACAUAGCAGGGUUUACAGAGGGGUUUAUAAACAACAAGAUGUUGCCAUAAAGCUUGUUAGUCAGCCUGAGGAAGAUGGUGAGUUGGCUUCAAUGUUGGAAAAACAGUUUACUUCUGAAGUUGUCUUGCUUUUUCGCCUUCAACAUCCCAAUAUCAUCACUUUAGUUGCUGCUUGUAAGAAGCCACCUGUUUUUUGCAUAAUCACCGAGUACUUAGCUGGUGGUUCACUGAGGGCAUAUCUUCACCAACAGGAGCCAUAUUCAGUACCUCCCAAUCUGGUUCUAAAGCUGGCUCUUGACAUUGCUUGGGGAAUGCAAUAUCUUCAUUCUCAGGGUAUACUUCACAGGGAUCUUAAAUCUGAAAAUCUCCUGCUCGAUGAAGAUAUGAGUGUAAAAGUAGCCGAUUUUGGCAUCUCGUGUUUAGAAUCUCAAUGUGGCAGUGCAAAGGGAUUUACUGGUACUUAUCGUUGGAUGGCACCAGAAAUGAUUAGAGAGAAGAAACAUACAAAGAAAAUUGAUGUUUACAGUUUUGCAAUUGUUUUGUGGGAGCUUUUAACUGCAUUAACACCAUUUGAUGACAUGACUCCAGAACAGGCUGCAUUUGCUGUUUGUCAAAAGAAUGCUAGACCUCCAUUACCCGAUUCAUGUCCAAGUGCAUUUCGCCAGCUCAUUAGGCGAUGCUGGUCUAGCAAACCAGACAAACGUCCUGGAUUCGAUGAAAUAGUGAGGAUUCUGGAGAGAUAUUCAGCAUGUGUGGAGGAAGAUCCCUAUUUCUUGACAAAGUUUGAACCUGGUAAUGGUGUUUUAUUUGGAUGUGACCGUGGAUGUUUCGGUCCUCGUAAAAAUGGUUCUCGGAAAGCAUAGUGGGAAUUGUUCAUGGAUUAUGCCCAAAUGUGUGAUCUGAUAGUUCCUUCAUUAUUAGGUGGUGAAACUGAACAAUAUGAUUAUGUUUGUAAAACUGAUUACAAGUACAUUAACCCUUAAUUGGAUGUUAUCGGUUUUCCGCCUGCCCCCUACCUUAAUUAUUCGUGUGGGGAUAGGGAUUUAGAUAUGAAAUAUAUUCUGUUUUGAGAUCA